AUGGAGACUCUUUCACGUCGUUAUCAUCAAUUAGAUGGAAAUUCAGAUGGGAGAGUAAGUCGGAAAGAAUUUGAAACGUUUUUUAAAUCAAGAGACGAUGCUGCAGAUAAAGAGCGUUCACAGGCUGAUAAUUUCUUCAAACAACUGACUGUCACAGUUGGACCAAUUGUAGAACGCGAGCGGAUUGGAAAUGAAACAAGAAUGCGCUAUUUUUCGGCUGGGGCAAAAAAAUUUGCUACUAUAGCUCACGGAACUGGAAUCUUCCCUCCUCCAUCAAUUACUUCCCCGACUGGCCCCAUUCAAUCAACACAAUCAGGCGAAUCAUUAUUACCAGCUUCCUCUCUCAUUCGCGAUCAUGAACAACAAUUCCGGCUUAUUAGUGAAGGUGCUGCUCCCUUCUCACAAUUAAUUGCUUCUUCUCAGCAUUCACCUCUUUAUAAUUUGCGCGGAGGUGUUUUGCCUCAUCAAUCUGCUCAAAUGCUAACUGAUGGGAAUGGCAAUUUGGAAGGGGUGAAUCAGGUAAUUUUUAGGUUAUUUCUCUGA